GCUUCCGCCCGGCGAAGAAGCCCCGCCCACUCCGGCUUCAGAGCGGGCACUUCCGCCAAAGACUCCUCCCCUUCUGCGGCCAUGGAGGUCCCGCGUGAGGCGCCCGCACAGGCGCUGUUCACUUGGGGAGCAAAUAGUUAUGGCCAGCUUGGUCUUGGUCAUAGGGAAGAUGUAUUCCUGCCUCAGGUCCUGAAAGGAUUUCUCUGUAACCGGGAAACCGUCAAAAACAUUACUGGUGGAGGUGGACAUUCUGCAGUUCUUACUGAUACUGGAGAACUCUUUUUAUGUGGCCAAAAUAAAAAUGGGCAGUUAGGACUUGGCCAUACCGAGGAUGUGACACAUUUUAAGUUAUGCUCUUCCCUGUGUGGCUGUUCUGUCAUACAAGUUGCCUGUGGCUGGGAUUUUACAAUUAUACUUGCAGGCAGUGGGCAGGUGUUUUCAUGUGGAUCUAAUUCGUUUGGACAAUUGGGAAUUUCUCAAACUUCUGAAGGAAGCACAGUCUCAAAGAGGAUUGAGUCUUUACAGGAGAAGGUGGUAAAUGUGGCUGCUGGACUGAGACAUGCGCUUGCUGUCACUGAAAAUGGCUCAGUGUUCCAGUGGGGAAUUGGUAUGUCAUCUCAGGCAAAGCGGGCAUGCCAAGGAGAAAUGGUUCCAUCCUUUCUGAGGGCAAGACAACCUUGCAAAGUAACAGGUCUGGAAGAUGCCAGGGUGAAGAUUGUUGCAUCUGGCUCAUCUCAUGCCACAGCACUCACAGAUGAAGGAGAGUUAUAUGUUUGGGGAAACAACAAACACAAACAGUUAGUGAACAAAGAUGAUUUUGUUCUGAAACCUCAGAAGAUAGAUGCUCAUUAUUUUGGAGGCGAAAAAGUCAGAAGAGUGUGGAAUGGAUGGACACAUAUGGUGGCACAAACAGAGAUGGGGAAGGUCUUUACAUGGGGCAGAGCAGACUAUGGUCAACUUGGACGAAGUGGGUUACCUUAUGAACAGAUGGGCCAGGAUGGGAAGGCAUCAGAUGAAAACAGUGUGAAGGAGCCUCUCCAUUCUCCUGCUCUAGUUCCUGCCCUCACUGGAGCAUCUCAGGUGAUGGCUACAUUUGGUCACACGGAGGAAAGAGGCAUCUGACAAGCCCCAAGGGAUCUCCUCCCCUCCAAUUUCAAGUUCCUUGUAUCCGCAGUCUAUCUACAGCCUUGCAUCUUAUGCACAGCACAACUUUAAAAGGAUGAAACAUGAGGUUGGAAAGAGAUGUGAGUAUCUAUAAAAUGGUGGAAGGUGUGAUUCACAUUGAGCAUUAAGCUUGCCAUUCUCUCUAUGCUCACAAAUACAGUAGUUCUUCAUACUUGCGUUGGAUGUUGUGUUGGUUGAAUCUGCAAAUCCAGAUCUUAUUGUGUAUACGCAAGUGGUCAAAAAUCUGAAAAAAAUCUGCAAUGUCAAGCGUUGGUGAACUCAUAUAUUUUGGAUAUUCAAGACCUUAUUACAAUAACACUGAAAUGAAGAAGAAAGAUUAUUUUUUUCAGAUUAGUUUCAAAUGUGAUUAGAACUUGAAUGUGAAACCACCAAACAAUACUCAGUGCUAUAGGCCAAACUUAAGAGGAACGCAGCAAGAAACCACAGCUGAGUAUUUCUUGCCUAAGAAAACCCUAUGAAAUUUAUUGCGUUGCCAAUGCCAUACAUAGACAGUGAUGUGAAGGCACACACAACCUGUAGAAAGGGUAGGGAGAGAAAGCAAGUUUUAAUGAUUUCACUCUUUUCACUGCCACAAACCAUUCUCUUCCAAAACUAUCCUUAGAGCUCUCUGGAGCAGAUCUAUGAAUGUGUGUGUGUGUGUGGGGGGGGAGACUACACCCCCCUCCAUUCUUCCUGUGUGAUCCUUUACUGGGUUGGAACAUUUCUGUAGGUGGAAAGAGUUUUUCAAUAUGCACCCAAAUCAAUAUGUACCCAAAUCAACCAAAGAAUGCAUACAUCAUAUGAAGGACUUUCAGAAGUAAUCUUUUUGAACUAUAACUGCCAGAAUCCUCCAGUCAGUAUGGUUAGUGGCCACUCAGGCCAGAAACACAGGAUGUCGGCAGUAACUUAAUUCGGUUUGGAGUGACUACCUCUGGAUCAGAUACAAAUAACUGUCAAUUUUGUUAAAUUGUUAAUUUGAUAGCUCAAACAUGGGUUAUAUAUGUUUUAAAGUGUUCAUAUUCUUUCUCUCUCAAGGACCAAUGUACAUUUAAAGAGUGGAAUAAUUUUACAUUUCUUGUGUAUUUCUGCUUGUUGAUUUUAGAGAUCGGUCUCCCAGAGUAUGAAAGAGAUGUAAUAUGAGAGAUGAUGUGUAAAGAAAAAAUAUAGCUUGAACUGAAAUGAUUUUGUUCAUCCCUUUAUCUUCAAUAAUGGGGAUUAUACUAUGGAGAGAAAAGUUCGAAGGAUUCCUUUGGAUGUGGCUUUCCCAUGCAUGAACUUCAUUUCCCACACAGCCCCAACACGUGAACUGUAAAUAGUUCUUAAAUCUGGAAUGUGAGUCUGUAAUCUCAUUAGCAUUUUUCUGUCAUGCAUAACUAAAACUAGGAUGUAGUAGUGUUUUCAUUUCUUUAUUUUUAACGAAAGAGCUGCAUGCUACCUUACUGGGUUUAUAUACUGAGAAGCAAGCAUCACUAGAAUGACAGAUUUUAUCUGCUAUACCUCAAUAACAUAAUGUUGUACUUACAAGCUGGAGAAUCACCCUUGAGCACCUAGGGAAUAACACUUGUUUGAUAAAAUGACUGAAUACUAUUGGAAUCCAGUUCCUCUUCUGGGGUGAUGAUGUUGGUACCACUCUACUGGUAAUAAUAGAGACAUUGCCAUAUGGAAAUACAGUUGCACAAGUACAUAUUGCUUAACACAUUGGGAACCAAGAUAUUGAGACUCAUAGAUGUUAAAGAGGUUGUCCUGCUGACUAGAGGACACACUGGACAGGUUUCUGUAGUGGGAAGUAGAGGACCUUGGACAUCUAUAUUGUUGCCCUCUCCUGUCAUUGUUGUUAUUUUGUGUUUUCAAGUCAUUUCUGGUAUAGGGUAAUCCUAAAGUCAUUGAGUUUUCUGGGGUUAAGAGUGUGUGAUUCAUCCAAGCCUGUCUAGUGGGCUUCCAUGGCAGAGCCCUAUGAGGAGAGGCUUAAAGAACUGGGCAUGUUUAGCCUGCAGAAGAGAAGGCUGAGAGGAGACAUGAUAGCCAUGUACAAAUAUGUGAGGGGAAGUCAUAGUGAGGAGGGAGCAAGCUUGUUUUCUGCUGCCCUGCAGACUAGGACACGGAACAAUGGCUUCAAACUACAGGAAAGGAGAUUCCACCUGAACAUUAGGAAGAACUUCCUCACAGUGAGGGCUGUUCGGCAGUGGAACUCUCUCCCCCGGACUGUGGUGGAGGCUCCUUCUUUGGAGGCUUUUAAACAGAGGCUGGAUGGCCAUCUGUCAGGGGUGCUAUGAAUGCGAUUUCCUGCUUCUUGGCAGGGGGUUGGACUGGAUGGCCCAUGAGGUCUCUUCCAACUCUACUAUUAUAUGAUUCUAUGAUUCUAGCUGGGAAUCGAACUCUGAGUCAUUUUCCAGUGCUUAAACUACUACACUGGGCUGUGAGCAUGAAUUACAACUCUUAACCUGUUCUAUCAAAGGCUCAUGCUGCUUAUAUUAAAGGAAUGAGCAGUGCAUCCUUGCUUGGAGAAGAGUCCAAUGCUUUAGAGGAAUGCAAAAAACUACAUGUGUAUUGGCC